UGCAGCGAGUUAAAGAGAAAGGCAAUAAAGGGAGGCAGGAGCUGCACUUUGCCGACGAGCAUCUCUGCCGUCCUGCUAGACUAGGCUACAGUAAUCACUGCCCCCGGAUCUGCGAAAAAUACACAGGGACUUCUCUGGAAAAGGCAGAGUUCAUCAAUGUAACUCCGGUCAGUCCGAAGCUGCGCCGUUUACCUGGAUAAGUCCAUCCCGAGGAGAAGAGACAGAAAGAGAGACAAAAAAAAGACAGAGACAAACGCGAGUGGAGUGUCGACGUAAAACUGUGAAGGAAAAGAGAAGAAUAUGAUUGUCAAGCAGCACUUGAUCUUCAUCCUUUACAGCCUCUGUGCAAGCGUCUUUAAAGUGGCUGGGACAAAAAGCAAAGCGAAAGGUAGCCAAGGUCAGUUCCCCAUAACUCAGAAUGUGACAGUGGUGGAGGGGGGCACAGCCAACAUGACCUGUCGUGUGGAUUACAAUGAUAACACUUCCCUCCAGUGGUCAAACCCUGCACAACAGACCCUAUUCUUUGGGGACAAGAAAGCUUUGAGGGACCACAGAAUCGAGUUGGUGCGAGCCUCGACGCAGGAGCUCACCAUCAGAAUCAGUGACGUCAGCCUGUCAGACGAGGGCCAGUACACCUGCUCGCUCUUCACCAUGCCUGUCAAGACCACCAAGGCCUUUCUCACUGUUCUGGGAGUGCCAGGACGGCCAGAGAUCACAGGAUUCACCAAGCCUGCCAUGGAGGGAGACGUAAUCACCCUGACGUGCACCACACCGGGCAGCAAACCAGCUGCCAAUAUCCGGUGGUUCCGAAAUGACAAGGAGGUCCAAGGCACUAAGGAGGUGAAUGCCACAGGAAAAUCAUUCACAGUGAGGAGUAGCCUCCAGUUCCAUGUGGACAGACGGGACGAUGGCGUCGCCUACACCUGCAGUGUGGAGCAUGUGUCUCUGUCGAACCCCUACAUGACAACCGAGGUCCUGGAGGUCCACUAUGCUCCCCAUCUGGAGAUCAAAAAAUCACUGAUUAUCCCACAGGAAGGGCAAUACUUCAAAUUGGAGUGUGUGUCCAUAGGCAACCCAAUACCUGAACCAGUGUUGUGGUCUAAAGAUGGAGGGGAGCUGCCAGACAUUGAGCGUAUGAUUGUGGAAGGCAGGGAACUAACCAUCACCACACUAAAUAAAACAGACAAUGGCACAUACCGCUGCGAGGCCAGCAACCACCUGGGGACUGGCAGUGCUGAAUAUAUACUGUUUGUAUAUGCAGACGUCAUCACCUUAGUGCCUCCAUCUUCAGCUCCCCCGGCUCCCUUUCUAGCCUCCAUUCCCCCAGUCCUGCUAAUGCCGACAUUCUCACAUCAGGCAAAGGCAGUCACAGCUGCGUUUGCAGCCAAAGACUUUCCAGGGCCUACAACAGAUCCUAAUGCUUUAGGACAACAUGGACCUGACCACGCUCUAAUCGGUGGUGUUGUUGCAGUCGUGGUCUUCAUCACCUUGUGUCUGAUAAUAGUUCUUGGACGAUAUCUGGCCAGACAUAAAGGGACAUAUCUAACACACGAGGCCAAAGGAGCAGAGGAUGCCCCCGACGCAGACACAGCCAUCAUCAAUGCUGAGGGAAACCAUGUGCAUGCAGAGGAAAAGAAAGAGUACUUCAUUUAGACUUCCGUUACUCUUUUCCUUCGUUUCAACUUCUGACAGCAGACGUGCAAUUUUAAGCUGCCUCAGCGUCACUACAUGGUCUGUUUUACUUUCCUUAUUAUCUUUUGUCUUUUACAGAAAGCUCAUGCUUGGAUAUGCUUGUUUUCAAAGCAUCCGCUGACAAUAUAGCCUUCUCCUUUUGUAAUCAAUGUAACCCAUGUACAAUUGGAUUAUUUCCAUUUCAGUUUUAUGGUGCCUAAAUGCUGUAUAUUUUUCUGCAUUUCUUUUAUUGCUUGCUUUUCUUCUUCACUCUAUUACUUUUCGUGUUAUACAACUUUUGCAGAUUUUUUAAAAUUCAGAAUCAACAAGAAACGUGCUUCAGCUCAAGUUAGAGUCAAGUCUUAGCUUUUUGAAAUGUUUUGCUUCAAAAGCAGAAUAUGUUUAAACAUCAAUUUAUCAAACAUUAAACAGGAUUAAACAGAUAUUGCCUGGAGCAUACCCCACCACAGCCAUACUGCAUACAUUCAAAAUAUCAUAUGACUGACCAGACACUUUGACAAAACAAAACAUAGAAGCACAAUCUAUGUGAUUUGUUUCUAGAUUAAAUCAACUCCCUCUUAGCACUGUCUGUAUAUUUCUGCAUUGAUGUAUGAUUCUCAGUUUUCACUCAUGCUGUUGAUUUGUACCAACAGAGAACAAGUUAGAAAAUUAAAGCACAAAGUCUGAGGACUAACAUGGAGGGAAAACACAUCAACUGUUUCUUGUCUCAGGAUUCAAUAUGAGUCUAGAUGGAGAGAUGGUGUCAGACAUGUGAUGAAGAUUUCAGUACACUUGCAGUUAUCGUCAUGGAUGAGGAACUUUAAUUUUGGUUGCCGAUUUGAUGUAAGAUCAAAACUGAAUGAGUGGAACCUUGUGGGGGUUCAUUAUUUAUGUUGAAUUUUAUUGAACAACUAUGCUCAAUGUGUGGAUAUUGCUGUAAAAUACUUUGCUAACGUGAAUAUUGGUGAACAAUAUUGUUGAAUCUUGGGAUCCCUGACAUAUUACAAUUUGUAUAUUAGCAUAUACAGUAUUUAAAGUAUUCCACAAGUCUUCUUUUUUUCCCAUUUAUCUAACAAGAGGUUGUUUUGCCUGGUGGCAUGUAAAUAAUGUGUAAGUAUUGAAUUUUAGUAAAAGAUAAAAGAAUGGUUAUAGCUUUUAAUUUCAGGUCUUAUCAGUUCCCAUCAUUUUGAUGAGAUUCUUUUCACAUUUUUGAAAGUUUUUUCAAACAGGGAUUCUAAUGAAUUGCUUAAAAUGUAAAAGAAAAAAAAAUCUGGUCAAAUAUAUGUAUUUAUUAUUAUGAUUGAUUGACAUUUAUUAUAUAAUACUAUAUUGAUUGAUAUUAUUGCUGUUAUUACUAAAGUAGUUGUCUGACAUUAACUUUUCCAUUUUUUAAUUCUGUAACUUAUCAUAAAAGAAAAAAAACAAUACAAGGAUCACCGUUAUGGCCUUUGAGUUUGCUGCAAACAGUACUAAUGACAUGUUGAGGCAUUGGUGAAUCAGACAUGCCCUCACUGUAUAUAGUCACUGUAUCAAAGACAUUGAACCACAUUGCCAAUGCUCAUACAUGUUAUUUUGUUAGUUCAGUAUGAUGCUAUAAAUAACUCAUUUUGUACAAAGUUUUAAUCGCUGUAAUUAAUUUGCUUUUUAUGGGGGAUGUGUGAGGUUUGCUUUUUUCUCAGUAUUGAAUAUUCAUUUUUCAACUAUGCCACUGUAAAAAAAAAAAGAAAGAAAGAAAAGACAGAAGAGAGACAAAGUCUGGAUUAAAAAAUGAACAACUUGAAAACUGCCAUUUUGUUGUGACUAGGUUUGUACUUUGAAAUGCACUCAAGAGUAAUUCUUCUUGCUCGUGAAUUACAGUGCUAUUACCCACAGUCACAAUAUCAGUCUGCAUGUCUACAGUUAUAUAAAAGAGAGCAUAUGUUGAUGGACAGCACUAUGACCAAAGCACUGUAAUUGUUAUUCCAUGCAACUGUUAAGUAUUACUUAGCCUUUAGUAUUAAUAAUAUAUGCAAAGUGUUGAAGGAUUAAAAAAACAUGAAGCUCCUCAGGAAGAUUGCCCGAGGCUCUCAGCUCUGCUCAUGAUUUGUG